AUGACAAGGGCAAAAAAGAGACGCGCAUACCAAGAAGGAGAUAUUCGUUAUAAUUGUAACUAUCAAGACUGCGAUAAAUCAUUUACUAGGAAAGAACAUGCUCGAAGGCAUUUUCAAUCUCAUAUCAAUCCAAAGUCAUUUCUAUGCCCUCACUGCGGCAGUUCCUUUACAAGGAACGAUAUUUUGAAUCGUCAUGUUCAUAAAAAACAUUUUAUGCACAAGGAAGGUAGAGGUCAAAUACUCUCAAACCAAAACCAAAAUCAGCAUUUACAUUUAUCUUCAGAUCAGGAGUUUCUUUUUCCUUCUUAUGUCGAAUCUGAAGUUCAAGAUCCAACAUACACCAGUCUUCUAAGUCGUAUUCCGCGAGCUGUAAUGCCCGUGACUUUUCAUGAAGGACUUCCAUCUUCGACUGUGCAAUUGGAUACCGACUCUACGCGAACACCUUCUCAACAAAAUGACCUUAUUUCAGCCUCAAAUUCUUCUCCCAAACGUGAGCAGCAUAUGAGCACGCAACCUGUACCUUACAUGAUCCCGCCGUUAAAUGGUAGUCUUGAUAAUAUAUUAUCCCCUCAAGACUCCAUGUCCGUUUUUGGGACGUCUUCUUCAAACGACGCUUACCAACAAGAUACUGAUAACUUUGUUUGCUGGCUGUUUGAUAGCAUGGAGAAGGACGCCCCAGUAGAGUCAGCAUCAAGAUUGUCUGAUACUUUCAAUUUCAAUAACCACUUGGAUUUCAUGCACGCCCCCGACUCUACAAUAAUUGACUUUCUCAAUUCAAAUCUCAAAGUCGAUGACAAAAUUGCUGCCAAAAAUUUACUAUCGCUACCUGCGUACUCAUUAUUAAUACAGGUUUUGGGUACUACAUAUCGUCUUACAGAAGAUGUUUUGGAAUAUAUGAACCUUGAUCGGGUGAAUUGUUGGAUUUCUGAUUAUUGGAGGCACUUUCAUCCCCGAUGGCCAUUUCUUCAUCGUGCUACCCUUAAACUUGAUGAAGCACCAGUGGAACUUUUGUUAGCGAUGAUUACUAUGGGUAUGCAUUUCACUGGUGACGCUUUUGCGUUUGAUAUUGCUGUAUUUGUACAUUCAACUUUAAGAUUUUCUAUCUAUAUCCACCCAAAUUUCAAUCCUCCUGCCUCCCUUUGGGUAUAUCAAGCCCUUUUAAUCGUUGAAAUCUUCGAAAAAAUGACUAGUACUUUAGAGCAGCACAACCUUUCUCAAAUAUUCCAUGGUGUGACUAUUGAGUCUUUGCAAAAGGGAUUGCCUACGGAAGACACGGUGACCAGCAAGACUUCUGGCAAUAUGUCGGGAACUGUUAAUGCUCAGCAAAAGUGGCGUCGUUGGGUUGAUCAAGAAGCUAUAAAAAGAAUUGCGUUUUUCUCAUUUGUAUUGGACUCUCAGCAUGUAAUUUUAUUUGGCUAUAGACCAUUGGUUGAUAUAACUAGUCUUGGAUUACCCUUAUUAUGUGAAGAAUCCCUUUGGAAUGCCGCUAGCUAUGAAGACUGGAUUGCCCUUGUUAACGAACGCGACCCACCCCAUUUUUUCCCUAUACUGAAAAUCUUUUUAAAAAAUGAAAAUCUUCCUCCCAAAUUAACUCCAUGGAAUAUGAUGAUUGUUUUGCACGGAUUGACCGUUAUUGGUUGGAUAUUGGGUAGGAACAAUUUGGGUAUGGUGGAAAGUAUUAUGCAAAGCAAUGGAAGCAAUCUGAAAAACUGCAGAACUCUGCUUAAAUCGUCAUAUAAAUUUUGGCUUUGUACAUACCGCAUGUUCUUUCUGAAUGAUGGCACUUUACCCCUUAAUCAUCCUUAUGUACGAGGUUGUUUAGCUACUUAUGAAUUAGCUUACAUUUCUUUACACACAAACAUAGUUGCUUUACAGACUUAUGUCAAAUCAACAGCAUUCAGAUCUAAAAGACUAUGCGCCAGCACUUCUCGCUAUAUAUUUGCUUGGAUGGCUUCUGACAAUUCCAAUGUGUCUAUAAAGCAUUCUGUUGAUAUGGUAGAGGCGUUUUUAGGUGGUGAUAUGGAAUACAAUAUUAACAAUGAAACUGGACUCCACAGGCCAUGGUGUUUGUAUAUUGUUACUUUAAUUCUCUGGGCUUACGGUUAUCUCUCAGAUGCAAGAUGUGAGUUAGUCGAACCAGGAAACGACAACUAUAAAUCUCAAUUAAAUACUUACCUAAUGCAACUGAGAACAAGUCUUAGUGAAACUCCCAAGGACUCUGUAUAUAUUCGAAGCAAGACUUUGCCGUUACUGAAAUGUGUCAUUGAUGUAUUACGUCCAGCCAGAUGGGGAUUAUUGGCUGAUGGUGUGCAAAUUCUAUCGAAACUAACACAAGUUCAGCAUGAGAAUUUUGACGGGAGAGGUAUCUGA